AAGGGGGCGCGAUUGUGAAGACUGCGUCCUGUUCAUUCAUUUUUAUUGCGGUUAAAAGAGCGCAUUUUGUCCGCGCCUGUGCUGUCUCCUAGAUGAAUAUUUUUUUCUGACCUCGAUUAAUACUACAUAUAUUUUCUUACACAGCAGGGGUUGUUUUUUGAACCAAGAAAGAGCAGGACAGAGGUGCUUUGGACAGAAUGCCUGAAAUUUGAACACCAAGAAAAGAAGAACAUGGGGGAUUGAUUGGAUGGAGGAUUGCAUUAAGCAGGAAAAAAAGGUUUACAAGAAAUUACAUGUGAUGCCACUAAUGGAAAUAUGGCUAUUUAACCAAAACUGACAGAUGGAUGCAUAACAUACUGUAGUAAACAUAAGCACAGAAACCAAGCCUACAUUUUAAUUCUCAUCCAUACUGUUCGCACCCUUUUCCACCCUACCUUUCCACGUUCCUGUUCGCAUUUCAUUUUGCAUCCUAGAAAUUAAUACUAUUCCCCAGAACACAUUCACUCAAACCUACACUCUUACACAAGCUUCAAGAAAACAUGGCGGAAAACAUGAGCUCAGUGUCCAACAUCUCCCUGCUGGGCCAGGGAGACUCUGUGUCCAAAUCAGUGGAGUAUAAGACCGUGUCCGUGUUUUUGGUGGUUCUGGUAUGUGGUGUGGGAAUUGUCGGCAACAUCAUGGUGGUCCUGGUGGUUCUUACCACCCGACAUAUGCGAACACCUACGAACUGCUACCUGGUGAGCCUUGCUGUGGCUGACUUGACAGUGCUGGUGGCAGCGGGGCUGCCUAACAUCUCCGAAAGCCUAAUGGCUACCUGGGUUUAUGGGCAAGCUGGCUGCCUGGGCAUUACCUACCUCCAGUACCUGGGCAUCAACGUGUCCUCCUGCUCCAUCACAGCCUUCACAGUGGAAAGGUAUAUAGCCAUCUGCCACCCAAUGAGAGCUCAUACGGUGUGUACGGUCUCCAGGGCCAAACGCAUCAUCGCAGGCGUAUGGGCCUUCACCUGUGUCUACUGCAUGCUUUGGCUCUUCCUGGUGGACAUCCAAGUAAACAGCGAUGGACGUGUCCAGUGUGGCUAUCGUGUCUCCCGAGAUCUCUACCUGCCCAUCUACCUCAUUGAUUUCACCAUUUUUUACGUCAUCCCACUUCUGCUAGCUAUCGUCUUGUAUGGCCUCAUUGCACGAAUCCUCUACCUAAACCCAUUGUCCCACCCACCGGAUUCAGGCACCAUCACAGCACCAACCCUCAGGAGAAGCUGCAAGGAACCUGCAGAUGCAAGCAAAGGAGGUCGCCAAGGACGACCAAAAAGUGUAACCUCUUCUCGGAAGCAGCAGGGGUUGUUUUUUGAACCAAGAAAGAGCAGGACAGAGGUGCUUUGGACAGAAUGCCUGAAAUUUGAACACCAAGAAAAGAAGAACAUGGUCACCAAGAUGCUUGCUGUGGUGGUGAUCCUUUUUGCACUGCUGUGGAUGCCAUACAGAACGCUGGUGCUAAUCAACUCCUUUGUCAGCAUGCCAUACCUGGACGCCUGGUUCCUGCUUUUCUGCAGGACGUGCAUCUAUGCCAACAGUGCUAUCAAUCCUGUAGUGUACAACCUAAUGUCUCAGAAGUUCCGCUCUGCAUUUCGUGGUCUGUACCGGUGCCAGCAGCCGGCCAGUCACCAGCGUAGCCUGUCCUUACUCCAGACCAGCUACACUGUAGCGAGAGACCCUCGAAGCACUCACAUCAGCAAUGGUACCAAAGAAACUGUGAAGGGAAUCAGCUGUGACACUGCCAACCAGGAACCUAGCAAAGAAAGCCCCCUGGCUAAAAAGAAAGACGCUACAAAAAAUACUGAUAUUGACAAUAAUGGCAUGGAUAAGCUGCAAGAAAAGACAGAUGAAACUGACAAAGUCCAGAAUCGAGGUGAUACUGCAAUCCUUGCCACUGAAACUGAAAUAAAAGGAAUUGUGAAAGAAGAUAAUGAUCCUGGCUUGGAGAAAAAGAUUGAUAGCCAACACACUGUUAUUAGAAAGGAUGUGGAAAAUUUUUAUAAUAUUAACAGUGAUAUGACUCUAGACAUUACCCGCUCUAAUGCAGAGAUAGCUGUGCCAGCCUCUGAUGAGAUUGGCCAUGCUAAGAAAAAUGCUACGGAAUUGAUGCAUAGCACGUUGUAAUCCCUUCAGAUCUGAAAGGGAAAUUUGUAGGGGUUAGAGUUGUAUAGUUUAUUGUCCUGAAUUGAAAAAGCUAUUGCUUGUUGUUAAAAGGACAGCCAAAAAAUUCCAUUUCAGACAGGAUCCAAAAUAUCUUGUCUUUGCAUGUGCUGAUGAGACAGUUUGCGUCGCAAAGACUUGGACCCUAUCACUGCAUCAAUUUUUCUGGACAACACCAUCUUUGCGUCGGCUUUUGGAGUUUUGAUGUGUUCUUUUCAUUUGAGUUACAUUAAAACAUAUGCCCUUUCUUUGUGUAUGGAGAAGCAGAAAGUAAUGAAUCCAGCUAAGUGAGUACAUAACCCACUUCUGAAUGAAACAGAAUGGGUCACACAGCAACUGCUACAAGACACUUUUAUCUGAUAACAUGGCCUGGAGCAUCAGGUCAGCACUAACAUACAUCCGUGUUAUCCGUUCAGCUAACACGAGGCAUUUAAAGGCUGGCUCUGUGCCACUGAAAGAACAGAGAGCAUGGCUAGGGGAACUGACUUGUAAUGCAUCAACAUUUGUUCCACCUAAAAGCUUUAGGAAUGACGAUUUACAUCUAUUUCAUCUGCCAACGUGCUCAGAAGCAUUGAGUCCUCUGGGUGGCUUUUGAGUAAUGAAUGCAGAUUAAGUCAGAAAGACAGAGAAUCAGACAUCAAUUUACAGACCCAUCUACUUAUCCAUUUAUUUAUAUAAAGGGAGUCCACAACACACUUUAGGACAACUAUUGUGUUCUGCUGAAACAAAUGAAGAUGUAUAUCCUUUGUGUCUCUGUGAACAAAACAAAUCUUAUUCUGAUGUGUCCUGAUACUGAAAAGAUUUGUAAGCACUUCUUUUGUGUACCCAGUGCCAAAAUAUUUAUUUAAAUGUUUUACAUCUAUGUAGAAAGCAGCCAUUAAUAUGAUUUCCAGUCCUAAACGGUAAUUUUUAUGAUGCUAUAAUGACUUAAGCACCAUCAUGCUUUAAUGUGCAUUUUACAGUUGUUCUUUUUCAAAAGCAAUCUGUUCCCUGGUGUAAAUGCUUUAUUGUAAAGCCUGUUGUUUAUGCCUCUCUUGUGCUGUUUCCCUAAAAGGAGAGAUUAUGAUAAGAUCUUGAAAUUGUUUGUGGCUGGUUUUGUGGCUUAUUAAACUAAUUUUAGCUGUGCCACAUUUAGAGCUCUGCCUGAAAGUCGGAAUUUUCAUUUAUCUCAUCAGGCAUCUUGUUAGAAGAGCCAGCACCGUUCUGCUUGUUGCCGUUUUAGUGCUCGAGCUAUUAUUUCUGUACUGUCACAUUUCAUUUGAUAAGCAUUGAAUGAAGCCAGUACCAGUGUAAAGAGGCUCAUUUCAGAGUGCUAAAGUGGAAAGGGGGUUAUACCGAUGUGUUUGCCACACACACACACACACACACACACACACACACACACACACUCUCUGCUGUUUUUCUGAUUUUAAUUGCAUUGGUGACAGCGAUGGAAAAACAAAUUGUUUUCUUUUAAGGAUGGAGAAAAUGCAUGGCUUUCGCUGAGGAACCGUAUUAGCUAAAGUGAAUUUGGUGUCACAGCAGAAAACCCACAAGGGAAGAUGUAACGCCUUUGGUGUGCUGCUUGUAAAAGCAUUUUUUUUUAAAUCCACUUGAUAUUUGCACAGUUCUCAAUGUUAACUUACUGGAAUCAGAGCUUAAUGUAUGUGUGAGUUCUGUGAGCCACCAAGCCUGUGUUAAUUUCUACAUGCAGAAUAUAUUAUUAUUAUUAUUAAUUGUUAUUAUUAUUAUUAUUAUUAAUUAUUAUUAUUAUUGUGAUCACACCUAUCUUUUGCUGUAUAUGAUGAAUAAAG